AUGGCCUUGAAGAACUGGCAGCAGCACCUGGAGGCCAACAGACAUCUGAUUCUUAACCUGCGCAUACUGAAAAACAUGUUCUUUCCUCCUCUUCCCGUGCUCUUCCUCAUGGGCUCUCCCCCUCAGCAGAAGAAUUUUGAGUGCGAGCUCGUCUGGGUCCACCAGCGUAAAAUAAACCCAAGUUCUCCUGCUUCUCCAGGUCUGAUUUAUUCCACAACAUUCCUGGAGGCCCCAGCAAGAUUCCAACCGUUCUGGCCCCUUGAGCCACCAACCAGGGGCCGGACUGCACCGAAGCAGGAAGGGACUCCAGUACUGAAUGAGGCGGCAUGCCCCGCCCCCCCAACGGUUUUCCAGGUCCUCCUUCACCCCAGAGUUCCAACCGUCCGGGCAGUCUUGCCCCAACCAGACUCCAAGGAGAAGUGGACCAACUCGCCUGGCAGCUCGUCCCGACUCGUUGCAGGUAUCACUCCCUGGAUCCAUCAUGCCCGAGGAAAGAAGGCAGCGGCCUCCGCAGAUCCAGACGGUUGGCAGACAGCCUGGGACCCGACUGACCCCCUCAAGGUAAAGAUCCAGAAGACGACCCAGCAGCCCAGCCACCAGGGGAGCCUCCAGCCCGACUUGACACCCCACAGAAAUUCGCAUAUCCCCCGCUUGAGGAGUUCAGGACCUUGCUCCAGUCGCGAACCUGGAGGCCGACUGGUCAACGCACGGUGGAAGCUCGAGGAACUCAACGGGGAACAUUUGGACGCCAAAGUCUUGGUGCCACCCAAUACCAGUAAUAAUAGUGGUACUGGUGACCCUAGUGUUCUCUGUGGGUCUGAGUCAGCCGCAGGCGACUGGAACUGGGACACACAAAAUCACUCUAGCCAUAGUCUCUAUAGGUGUAGUGAGUCUAUUUGGUGGAAACUACUGCUUCUUAUAAGUGCCCCCCCCACUUUAAAAUGA